UCUAGUGUCCUCUGACAGAUCCAGAAGAGCCCCCCAAAUGGAAAUGUGAAUAUAAUGCUUACCUUUCUGGAUAAAGAAUGCCACCUCUGCUUCCGUGACCAACUAACCUGCAAUUACAAUCAAAAAAUCAUUUUGGGAGGUACCGAACUACAAAAAUCAGCUCGCUUGUUCUUACUCAGCGUGUGCAGUACAAUGAGGGCUUAUCUUUUCAAAGCCUUAGUUUCACUUUUUGUAUGGAACUGCCAUCUUACAUGUGGAAAUGACACAGACUCACAGGUGAACAGCCAGCGCAUCAACAGUGGGCUCAUCCAGUGUGGAGAGUACAGCAAUCAGGUGCUUCCCAAUGGAAAAUGUCGCAUCGUGGCUACUUUGCCACAACUUGAUGAGCAGCGGUGUCCAGAUAUGUUCCGAUGUGCAGAUGAAGUUUCCUACUGGCUACAUGAAAAUGAAGAAAGAAAACAGCAGAUACUAGACCUGAAAGAAACGAUAUCUGAGCUGCAAGAAGAACUUCGAAAUCACCGACAUAGGAUCAAAGUCCUUGAACUUCAGAUUGAAGAGAAGAAUGGCCAGAACUCAUCUCUGGAGCACAGGUUUCAUGAGCUGGAGCAGCGUUACAAUGAAGCCAACACUCUCCUGCACAUUCACGGCUCUCUGAUUUAUGACGUGCAAGCACAAAUGCACAAUUUAUCAGUCCUAGUUGAAAAAGUGCGUCGGAACCCUGGGUGUAUGAUCAACAUUGUUAGAAGUGCCCGUCUCAACAUCCAAGAAGCGCUGCACCCAGAAGUGCAGCGUGUCCGAAACUGCCCAAUUGACUGUGCAUCCAUUUAUUACAACGGUGUGCGGCGGUCUGGCAUCUACACAAUCGUACCCUCCAUGGGAGGGGUGCCUGUUGAAGUCUACUGCGAUAUGGACACUGAGAGUGGAGGCUGGACAGUAAUUCAGCGACGGCAGGAUGGUUCAGUAAAUUUCAACCGCAGUUGGAAAGAAUACAAAGAAGGCUUUGGGGAUCUAAACAGUGAAUUCUGGAUGGGAAACGAGCACAUCCACGACAUUUCAACUCAAGGCGACUACACCCUCCGCAUUGACCUGGAGGACUGGAGCAGCAAGCACAAACAUGCUUCGUACGAAACCUUCAGCAUUGAAGAUGAAGCAAACCAGUACCGGCUACACGUGACAGGCUUCCGUGGGACUGUAGAAGACUCCUUCAGCUGGUAUCACAACAAGCACAGUUUCAGCACUCCAGAUACUGGAAAUAUCUGUGCAGAGAUAUCUCAUGGAGGUUGGUGGUUUCAUCAGUGCUUCUUCACAAAUCUCAAUGGAGUUUAUUACAAGGGAGGAUGGUACUCUUCAAAAAGGAAAAACCACCUGGGACCUGAUGGAAUUGUCUGGUACAGCUGGAAAGACUCUGAUUAUUACUCUCUGAAGAAAGUUUCCAUGAUGAUCCGACCUCGUACCUUUCGACCAAGGUUGUCCCCUUAAAAUGAAGUGAAUAUUUAUUUCAGGAACUUUUUUCUCCAGAAGAAAACCUCCUCAGCUGAAUUGAAGAACCAAGCUGAUCUCAUUUGAUUGGACAUGAUGCUUGCCAAGUCAACAUUUUGCUUUACAUAAAAUCUGUGAUUCAGUUUAUGUGUGUAUCUUUAAAAAAUAUUUGCCUUUAAGCCUUGUUGUACUUGGUUUCACUAUGUAGCUUAGCUGAAUUCAUGAGACCUUGGAGCCAGAGUAUGAAUCCUGUCAAGGACAGUCGCUGUGAGUUUGUACAUGUCUUCACUAUGUCCACAUGACUUUUCCUCUGGGAGCUCCUAGAGAUGAGUGUGUGUGCACUGCAAUGGACUCCCUUUCCAUUCAGGAUGGGUUUUAGCCUUUUCUUUGAUACUUUACAUGACCCAACAAUGGAAAAGGUAGGUUGAACAAUAAGAACAUACAAUGUUUGACAAAUGAGAGAAGACUAUUCAGUCCAUCAAGCUUGUUAUUUAAUAGCAAAACUGUUCUAACAGAUGGAUGAAGAGGUUGGCAUGCAGUGACUUUUUGCAGCAACAAUUGAUUGAAUAACAAAUUCAUUCUUUAACGGCCUACAUGCACCAGAAUCAGAGAGCACCAUUUCCUUAAGCUGUAGCCAUUUAGAAUAUUCUCAUAAAGAUCACUCGAUUAGUCAUGUAAAAUGGUGUACAAUUAUAAACCUUUGAAAUAAGGUGCAGUUAUUUUUUUUUUAAGAGGUUUGGUGCUACUUUAUUUAAGAGUUUAUGAGAGAAGUAAUAUUUAAGGUCUUUGCAUUGCAUCUUCUGUCUUCACUUGUUUUUUGCUGUCUUGUACAUGAAUUUUGCUC